AUUUCAGUUUAUCAACCCCUACACAAUGCCAGGAUUUUCUGUGAAGAUAAAAGGAGAGGGAACCGAUCCAAAGUACUGCUGUUCGUCCUGUAAUCUGCUGUUGAACGAGCCGAGACAGACGUCAUGUGGACAUCGGUACUGUAAAUCAUGCCUCGACUACCCGAGUCGCAGCGGACGCGAACGGUUCCAGUGCAAGGUGCCAAUUUGCGGUCAACAAAUUAACACUGAAAACGUCUUCCCGGACAAGGCUAUUGAGAGAGAAAUACAAAGCAUUGAAGUGUUCUGCAACAAUGACGACGACGGCUGCAAAUGGGAGGGGCUUCUCAAGGAACUUAAGAUCCAUCUCGCUGAGUGUGGGUAUGAAAAGAUCGCCUGCAUUCACCAGGACUGUGGAGAGAGAUUUCCAAGGAGGGACCUUUCCAAACAUCUCACCGACAACUGUGCGUCUGCCGCCUGCCAGUGGUACCCUUUCAAGGACAUUGCGAAACACCAGGAAUCAUGCCCCAUGGCGCCUGCCAGGUGUGGGUGGUGCGGUAAGAAGGGUCUGACCCGCGCACAGCUGCAGGACCACCAACAUCCGCAGAGUGGCGACUGUCCCAACAUGAAGCUGCCCUGUCACUUCGAACCCGUGGGGUGCAAGGAAAAGCUGGAAAGGAAACAACAUGGGGAUCACCAGAAGAAGGCCAUUACAGCUCGGCAUCUGGCCAUGCUUCUCCUGUUGGCAACACACUUGGAGGGACUAGUACUCCGGGACCAGGACAUCGGGUCUCGCGAGAACAUGCGAGCCGCAAUUCCUCGCCUGGACAAGGACCAAGGCAGCAAGAUUGCUCAGCUGGAGCAAAACGUUUCCGCUUACCAAUCGGAGGGGGCGACGGCAUCAGGAUCAGGCAGUUCUGAAGCGCUGGAAAAUCGAGUUGAACAGAUUCGGGCUAAAGUUGAAGACGCGAUCAAGAAGCUCGCCGCCUGGGAGCCCCGGGUCGGCACGUUUGAAGGGAUCGUGGCCGUCCUGAACCGUGAGAUCGAGAAGUGCAGCUCACAGAUGGAGGCGUACGAACGACAACGUCGGCAGGACAGGGAGAUCAUCGAGACCCUGGAGCGGAAGGUCAGGUCUCUGGAGAGGAUCAUCGCUCUGAAGGACGUCGCCCUCGCCGAACAAGACCUCCGGAUCCAGACCCUGGAACUGACCAGCUAUGACGGCAUCCUGACGUGGAAGAUUCCGGAUUUCAUUCAUAAGCGCCACGACGCCAUCACGGGGAGAACAAGAAAUCUCUACUCGCCAUGUUUCUUCACCAGCCGUACAGGGUACAAGAUGUGCGCCCGGAUCUACCUGAACGGAGACGGGAUGGGGAAGGGCACUCAUGUCAGCCUGUUCUUCGUCGUCAUGAGGGGGCACUUUGACGGGCUGCUGCGCUGGCCGUUUCGUCAAAAGGUGACCUUCAUGCUCCUGGACCAAAACAACCGUGAGCACGUGAUCGACGCGUUCCGCCCUGACCCGACCAGCUCGUCCUUCCAGCGGCCCACCAGUGACAUGAACAUCGCCAGUGGAUGUCCGCUCUUCGUGCCGCUCAGUCAGCUGGAGAGCAGCAGCCAUGCCUAUGUGAGAGACGACACCAUGUACCUCCGUGUUAUUGUCGACACAAGUGAUUUAAACUGAAUGGCCCUAUCGUUCACGGGGUGGAAAUCACAAAAAAGAUCGUUGCACUUGAUACGUUCAAAAUUAGAAAUAACAUUUCAUUUUCUGCCCCGGCCAGGUGUUUUGUAAGACGUAUUGUGAUGUUUAGGCUCCACCCUUGGUGAUCAGUUGUGACCAAACUUUGUGAUAAUGUGACGACAAUCAUGUCAUAACAUCUGCGUACCAAAAGCUUAUGUUGUCAAUAUUUGAGUUCAGGUAAUCAGAUUUUGUUACAACCAGGGACAUAUUUCCCGGUGACAAAUUAAAACCGCUGGAGACUAACUAUGACAAAGUGGGGCUAGAGACUUUGAUAAGUACAUGGCAUGGUUUGCUAAACAUUUCUGUACCCCAACUUCAUAGUUUUCUGCCGAUAGGCUCAAGAGGCAUCCAUGUGCUAUAUUAUUUUGUUUCUGUUGGUAGCGCUGCAUAACAUAGUUUUGAUUGUUUGCUUGUUUGUUUGUUUGUUUGUUGUGACUGAAUAUAACUGUAAAUAGAUAGCUCCAGUUUGCCCUGAUAUUCAUUUUAUAAGAUUGUGCUAUAGUGAGUGAAGUGUAUGUGUGUACAUAGUUUUUCAACCUAGGUUUGCAUCAUCUGCAAUCCAUCAUUCCACAGACUUAGUGCAUCAACAAGGCUCAUUCCAAUUUGUUAAACAAAUACACCUUAUUUGAAUGGAGAAUUUGUGUGUAUUAUAUAUACACAUUACGUGAAUUUGUUGUUUUUCUGUAUUUUUUUCCGAAUACACAACUUCCAUUUAAUCGACUCUGCAUUUGCAGUGUAUAUGACUGUAUUCAAGGGCUAUGCAUCAGAUCCAUUUCUUAAUCUGUUACAAUAAAGAUAUUGCUUUGUACUGGGCUAAUCUGUUUUGGCCUGAAGUAGGCAAGAUUUAUAAGCUUUUACAUCAUAUGAUUUUGUAAAAAAAAAAAGUACUGGCAUUCACUAUGUAACUGAAAAUGAUCUUUAUUUGUGUAUAGCUAAAGCGAUAAAAUAUGUCACGUAAAUUAAGGUCGUAGACUUUUUUGUUUUGGGAAAUAAAAAGUUCAUGCAUGUCAUAUAAACGAUCGUCUCAUUUAAUUGCACUGCUAAUUGCGCUAACAAUCCGUAGAUAAAUAUGACAUAGUAAAGUAUUGUUGAUAGAUAUGGAUAUCCUUUCGUGUCCUUAGUACAUCACGUGGCAAAUAUUAUUAUAAUUCUAAUAUAACAAUAUAAUAUAAUAUAAUAAAAUAAUAUGAUAUGAUAUAUUAACUCGCCAAAAAGUAAUCUGCCAAAACAGCCAAACGUUUGUAAACAACAAAUUAAACCAAAUGUAAGACAAGUACCCACACCAAUCGUAUGGCAUGUUAGAUAAUGCACACGCAUAAAAUGGGACAGCUGUUUUAUACCCAUUGAAGUACGUGACAGGUUAACGCGAAGUACACUUUAAUGUUCCUACGUGAACGCUUUAUAACCGUAAGACUAACAUAAUGGUGUAUGUACUGCACCAGUGCUAAAACACGCACACAUGCAAGUAUAAUUACAGAUGACAAAAACACCUUC